AUGACUGAAAAUUUUUGUCAGGACACAAACUGUAAAUAUGGGGGAUGGCGACAGCUUUACAGGCUAAAAUUGAAAGUUUGGGAGUAAAAUUACGAGAGGAAAACAAAUCAAAGGAGUGCGAAUUGCUGGAAAAAGAUAGUGGGAAGUCCACCUGCCCGAAAAAGCCACUUCUAAAUCUAGAUUUGACGACGAGUACCCGUCAACACAGACCAGAAAAUUUAUGUGUCCCCUCACAACCAAGGCCAGGACGACAGCGCCACUUGCCUAGAGAUACUGGGAAUCACAGUCGGGAAGAUGACAGCAGCAGAAUUGAAACAAAGCUUCAAGAAAUCACAACACAGACUGGGAUUCUAAAGUUACAAGAUAAAAGCUUUGACUUUACUAUUGAUGACCUGGAGAGUGUUCAAGAAAUUGGAAGUGGAACAUGUGGUCAAGUGUGCAAGAUGAAGCACAAGCAAACAGGACAUGUGUUGGCAGUCAAGAAAAUGCGUCGAAGUCAAAACAAAGAAGAACAGAAAAGAAUCCUUAUGGAUCUAGAAGUUGUGAUGAAGUGUCAUGGCUGUCCUUUUAUUGUCAAUUGUUUGGGAUCAUUCAUAUCCAGGGUGAGUUAUGUUAAGCCAUCCAAUGUUUUGUUGGAUCAUAGUGGUUCUGUCAAACUCUGCGAUUUUGGUAUUAGUGGUCGUUUAGUGGAUUCAAAAGCAAAGACAAGAAGUGCGGGAUGUGCAGCUUAUAUGGCACCUGAGCGUAUAGACCCACCAGAUCCUAUGAACCCAGACUAUGAUGUCAGAGCAGAUGUGUGGAGCCUGGGAAUAACUUUGGUUGAACUCGCUACUGGGGAGUUUCCCUACAGAAACUGCACAACAGAGUUUGAAGUUUUGUCUCGUGUCAUGAACGAAGAGCCGCCGUUACUUCCCCGGCAGGGCUUUUCUAUGAACUUCUACUCUUUUGUCAAGACGUGUUUGAUAAAAGACUACAGAUAUCGACCUAAAUAUAACAGCUUACUGAAACAUCCUUUUAUUCUUGGAUUUGAAGACAAAGAGGUCAAUCUAGCAGGAUGGCUUGCAGCUGCGCUUGACGAGUCCAACUAUCCCGGCACAGAAGUUUAACACAUCUUAGUAUUCAUUAUCACAUGUAUUUACGUUUUGUACAAGUAACGAGCUCAAAGUGUAGAGUUUUAUGUGGUGAUCAAUUUGAAACGUUUCAAUUAAGUUUGUAAGAGAUGUAAUUUAUAUCUCCUUCAGUGAACCUGGAUGUAAUGGUGCUGUGGUGAUAUUUGAUUAACGCUAUUAAAACUGUAAGGCCAUAGAAUUGUUUAAAAAAAGAAAACUAAAACCCUUUUAUUUCCAAAUUACUCGGCCUUCACAGAAACAGUAAGAAGUGAAAUUAGUUGUAGAGACUACUCAAGGAGUCUUAAGGAACUACAGGAGCGGAUUGUAGGGUAUUUUACACAGCAGGCAAGCGUUUUCUGAGCGCAUUUUAGGCGAUAGGAACCUCAAGCAACGACGACCGCGACGCCGAGGACGACGCCUAGUAAAAAAUUAAUUCAUAUUUCCCAGUGAAAUUCGCAAUUGUGUAGAUCUGAUCACGUGCAUAGCCAUUGUUUAGCUCAUUAAAGCUUUUGUUUGGUGACGUUUUGGCGCUGUCGUCGUUGUGGUUUGCUUAAGCUCCCUAUUGUUGGGCCAUGAUGAAUUUCUUUGAGAGGAAGUGGGCUUCAAUAUCGCUGGUGUCGUCUGUUUGAUGUUUCGUCACAACACAAUAGACCAUUUUACAGUUGUCUGUUCAGUGACCUGGCCUUUGAAUGGCAGCGAGGCUGCAGGUGACCUUGU